CACCUCUCCGCAAGGAGGCAUCUAAUAUGUACUGCACUCGCUUCUUCUCCUGCUAUGGAUGUAUGUAAUGAAUUUUUAUUAGCCGCAAUAUAUGCCAGAGACAGGAUCGUGAGUCAUGUUCUGUCUUUCGCUAUAAAACUCACAUUGACUGUACUUCACUCAAAUGCAUGAUUAGGUCUGAUGCUGCUUGCAUGCAGAUCAAUGAUUUCAGUUUUUGCCAAGUUGUACUUUUAUCUUCAAUUCAUGAACUGUUUCUAUAAUUUCGGAAGAGUUGCAUUGUGGGAUUAUUGAGAGGAAUGAGAUUUGUGGAAUUGGAACGUGAGAUCCCAUUCCUGUAAGAAAUUAAAAGAAACUACUAUGAUGUAAAGCAGACUAGUAUUUUAGUAUUCAUAGUGCACACCUGAAAGUUCAAAUUGGGUUAAUCAUACAUUAAAUAAUUACAUGUAUGUAUGAUGGGCCCCGUUCUUUAAUUAUGUACCCAGCACUUUAAUUGCCAUUAAGCGCCAAGUUAAUCAUAAUAAAUUGGGCGCUCACAUGUAACAGCAACACAGAGUAGAUAAUAUCUUUUACACUUGACAAUACACAUCACAAUAUUUAUAUUACAACACAUUUAUACAAAAAGAUUAAGCAAAUAAUUUUUAUGUACAAAGGGUAUGAGAAUGGUGUUGCUCAUCGAGUCAUCUGUUUUUGUUUUCGCUCUAGUCGUGAGCCCUUUUAGUUCUGUAAAUUUUUUUAUUGUUGAUCUGUUCAGCCAUUUCUCACAAUUUUCUAGUUAUACUUACCUGAUAUUAUUUCUUUUAAUUUUCUUUCUUGCAGCUAAACAACCAGUGAAGAAAGUAAAAGAUCUAAGGUUACAUAAGGAAGACUUUGAGACAUUAAAAAUUAUUGGAAGGGGAGCCUUUGGAGAGGUUGCCGUAGUCAAGUUGAAGAACACAGAUGAUGUGUUUGCCAUGAAGCUCCUCAACAAGUGGGAGAUGCUCAAGAGAGCUGAGACAGCAUGUUUUGUUGAGGAGAGAGAUGUUCUUGUACAUGGAGAUAGCAGGUGGAUCACCAAUCUUCAUUAUGCUUUCCAAGAUGAUGAUUUCUUGUACUUGGUCAUGGAUUAUUACAGCGGUGGUGACCUUUUGACUCUCAUCAGCAAGUUCGAUGACCGGCUACCCGAGGACAUGUCCCGCUUCUACGUGGCUGAGAUGGUGCUCGCCAUCGACUCUGUGCACAUGCUUCGGUAUGUCCACCGGGACAUCAAACCGGACAAUGUACUCCUGGACAAGCAUGGCCACAUACGACUGGCAGACUUCGGCUCCUGCCUCCGGAUGCUCCCGGAUAAUACGGUUAUGUCAAAUGUUGCUGUAGGCACGCCAGACUAUAUAUCACCGGAAAUCCUUCGGGUAAGUAGGGCUUCUUAUCACAUUUUAUUGUUGUACUAACUUGUUCAAGGUUCU